AUGAUUCUGCUGCUGAUGAUGUUAGCCGUCCUGCAGCAACAGCAGCAGCAGCAGCAGCGGGCUCAUAUUCUGCUGCUGCGUUGUUCUUUGCUUGCAGCAGAACCAGCAGCAGCAGCAGCAGCUACUGCUGCGGUUUGUGGUGCGCUGGAUUGCCCACGUGUGCGGGAGCUGCUCAUUGCAGUGCGCUUUCGAGAGCAGCAUCAGUGCAGCAGCAGCAGCGGAAGCAACAGAAGCAGCAGCGGAAUAAGCAGCAGCAGAGGGAGCAAUGGAGGUGGCAGCUGCAGCAGCAGCUUGAGCAACGAAGCAGAAGCAACAGCUCCAGCUGCGAAAGCAGCAGCAGCUGGUGCAGCAGCCGAAGCAGCAGCAGCAGCGGAAGCAGGGGAAGCAGCCGGAGCAGCGGCAGCACCGGAAGCCGCAGCAGCAGCUGCAGCAGCGGAAGCAGCAGCAGCUGGUGCAGCAGCGGAAACAGCAGGAGCUGCUGCAGCAGCGGAAGCAGCAGCAACCGCUGCAGCAGCGGGAGCAGCAGCAGCAGCUGCGGCAACGAAAGCAGAAGCAGCAGCUGCAGCAACGAAAGCAACAGCAGCAGCGGAAGCAGCGGAAGCAGCAGCAGCACAGGAAGCAGCGGAAUCAGCAGCAGCUGGUGCAGCAGCGGAAUCAGCAGCACCUGAUGCAGCAGCGGAAGCAGCAACAGCUGCUGCAGCAACGAAAGCAGCAGCAAUAGCUGCAGCAGCUGCAGCAGCAGCUGCAGCAGCAGUAGUUGUAGCAGCUGGUGCAGCAGCGAAAGCAGCAGCAGCUGGUGCAGCAGCGAAAGCAGCAGCAGCAGCUGCAGCAGCUGGUGCAGCAGCUGUUGCAUCUGCAGCAGCUGUUGCAGCAGCAGCAGCUGCAGCAACGAAAGCAACAGCAGCAACUGCAGCAGCGAAAGCAGCAACAGCAGCUGCAGCAGCGGAAGCAGCAGCAGCUGUUGCAGCAGCGAAAGCAGCAGCAGCUGCUGCAGCAGCGAAAGCAGCAGCAGCUGCUGCAGCAGCGGAAGCAGCAGCAGCUGCUGCAGCAGAGGAAGCAGCAGCAGCUGUUGCAGCAGAGGAAGCAGCAGCAGCUGUUGCAGCAGCGAAAGCAACAACAGCUGCUGCUGCAGCGAAAGCAGCAACAGCUGCUGCAGCCGCGAAAGCAGCAACAGCUGCUGCAGCAGCGAAAGCAGCAACAGCUGCUGCAGCAGCGAAAGCAGCAACAGCUGCUGCUGCUUUUGGUAGCGGCUGCGCAGGACGAGUGUGCUGCUGA